CGUAAUCGUUCCGGCUUUUCAAUAGAUUGUGUCAGGCCACAAUUGCAACCACGCAAAAGUUGUUCUCAUCGACGAUGAUGAAACUUUCGUCCCUUUCUCCCUGCCUCUUUUGAAUCGUCAGCAGUCGCCAUAAAUGCUGAAGAGCUGCUCUCAUGGCUGGAAACUACUGCGCACGACACAGCAAGGCCAACGGGAGAAUUCCCAUGGCGAUAGCUAUAAAGCAAGGAGAGAGAGAAAGCAUAAAAAGGGGAACAGAGUGAGUGGGUGGCAUAGUGGUUUUUGUCCCGGACGCAGCCUCCUCUACCCUUUUUCUCUUGCCAGCGACGACACACUCUCUCUUCCUUUUCGUUCGUCCUCAUCCUCUGCGCGUCCUUUUCCAACGCCUACUCCUUUUCUCCUCGCAGCUUUCACCAAAUAAUUCUUCGGCUUUUUUUGCCUCUCAAGACGAACCUUUUCUUUUGUUGCUGGAUUCCUCAUCCGCUGCGCAGUCGGAAAAAUUCCUUCUUGGUGUGCUAGUUGGAAGAUCUCAGAAAGGUCGGAUUUUUCUUGGAAGCCUGUUUGGGUGUUCGGGAGCUCUGUAGGUCUUGGAGAUGGCGGAAGUCAAGCCGGAGGAGAUCGUCACGCAUCCGCCCAUGGAUCAGCUUCAGGGAUUCGAGUACUGCAUCGACUCCAAUCCAUCUUGGGGAGAGGCCAUUUCUUUGGGCUUUCAGAAUUACAUAUUGGCGUUGGGCGCAGCGGUGAUGAUCCCAACUUUGCUGGUACCAUUGAUGGGAGGAAGUGACGAUGAUAAGGUCAGGGUGGUCCAGACAUUGCUGUUCGUGACCGGCAUAAACACAUUGCUUCAAACCCUGUUCGGGACUCGCCUUCCAACUAUCGUCGGUGGUUCAUACGCAUUUGUGGUUCCGAUCAUAUCCAUAAUUCACGACUCAUCCCUGACAAGGAUAACUGAUGACCACGAAAGGUUUCUCCAAACCAUGAGAGCAAUACAAGGAGCUUUAAUCGUGUCUUCCUGCAUUCAGAUUGUUCUGGGUUAUAGCCAGUUGUGGAGUAUCUUCUCCAGAUUUUUCAGUCCUCUGGGUAUGGUUCCGGUGGUCUCGCUGGUAGGAUUCGGUUUAUUCGACAGAGGAUUCCCCGUGGUUGGGAGAUGUGUGGAGAUUGGCGUUCCGAUGCUCAUCCUAUUCAUUGCGGCCUCUCAGUAUCUGAAGCAUCUGCACGUUAGACGGCUGCCCGUAUUGGAGAGGUUCUCUCUUCUGUUGACCAUCACCAUCAUCUGGGUUUAUGCUCACUUGCUUACGGUCGGCGGCGCCUACAAGCACCGCCCCGAGCGCACCCAAAUCAACUGCCGCACUGACCGUGCCGACCUCAUCUCCUCUGCUCCCUGGAUAAAGAUUCCGUACCCGUUGCAAUGGGGUGCACCAACUUUUGAUGCUGGCCAUUCUUUCGGGAUGAUGGCUGCUGUUCUUGUAUCAAUGAUUGAGUCAACAGGGGCUUACAACGCUGCAGCCCGCCUCGCUAGUGCAACACCGCCUCCAGCUUACGUUCUCAGCCGAGGCAUUGGAUGGCAGGGAAUUGGAGUUCUUCUUGAUGGACUCUUCGGAACUGCGACCGGUUCAACUGUGUCAGUGGAGAAUGUGGGGCUUCUUGGAUCAACAAGGGUGGGAAGUCGGAGGGUCAUUCAGAUCUCUGCUGGCUUCAUGAUCUUCUUCUCCAUCUUGGGGAAAUUUGGAGCUUUGUUCGCCUCCAUUCCCUUCACCAUCUUCGCUGCUGUUUACUGUGUUCUGUUUGGUAUCGUGGCUGCGGUGGGGCUCUCCUUGUUGCAGUUCACCAACAUGAACUCCAUGCGCAACCUCUUCAUCACGGGCGUCUCCAUCUUCCUCGGCCUAUCCAUUCCUCAGUACUUCUUUCGCUACACUGCGAGCGCACGGCACGGUCCAGCCCACACCAAGGCAGAAUGGUUCAAUGACUACAUCAACACGAUCUUCUCCUCUCCGCCAACGGUGGCAUUGAUCGUCGCGGUGUUCCUGGACAACACGCUUGACUUCAAGGACACCGCCGGUGACCGAGGGAUGCCGUGGUGGGCGAGGUUUCGAAAGUUCAAAGGAGAUGGCAGGAACGAGGAGUUCUACACGCUCCCCUUCAACCUGAACCGCUUCUUUCCCCCUCGAUGAGGCCGAUGAAGGAGGAGAACGGCGAGACUCGGAUCAUUGAGCAGAGAAAGAGUACAGGAAAAUGUAGGCUUUAGCUGAAUCCAGCUUGUAGUCAUUUCAUGUACAUUUAUUUUGGAUUUGAUGGUCAAUAAUACCAUCUAAUCUUUUUUCUGCUAA